UAUUUGCUGUAGUGGUAAAAUCAGCCCCGCUUUUUCUCCAUCUUUUUUUGAGUCUUUGUUGGUUCGAUUUUCGGUGAAUUGAACACGGAGCUGGGCAUUAUUCUGAUUUGGUGUUGGCCAUCGGAUCUUUUUAGGGAAAGAGACUUGAGACGCAUAUACGAAGAAAAGAGUUAGUGAGGAGAGAAUAUGCACUGUUUUUCUUGGAUUUGAAAGUGGGGCCGCUUACGGGUUUGGUAGGUUGCUUUUGGCGUUGGUGAAGUAAACGGAAGAUAGCAAAGGGGAUAGUGGGAAGGAGGAGAAUGCCUGGGAGAAACAAAGCAAAUGGCAGCAGCGGUAGUGGAGGAUAUGGAAGAGUAAAACGCAAGCAGAUCCAAAGCGAGGAUGGGUGGACCGUAAUCACACACGGCUUAUCCAAGGUCUCGCUCAGCGAGAAUAGCCAAGGUGCCACGGCUCUGCCUACGCAGAUUGUCAAGGAUCUAACGGCCGAGAAGUUGCUCGGAGACUUUAAGACGCUGCAGGAGCGAUGGGAGGAUACGGCGCUUGCGGCUCAAGUGAACAGGGUUAUCGAGGGUAGAGAAUGGGGGGUUGAAGAAGCAGUGUGCAUAGGGAUUGGCAGUUUUAGUAGGGAUUGGGCGCAUCGCUGGAGGAGUUUGUGGCAGCUCGUGCUGUUUAAGCAUGUUGUUGGACGACUCAACAAACGCAGCAAGAAGACUGAGAUUCGUUGCUAUGCUCAAGACCCGGCUUUCACACCUCUCGACACUGAGUUUCUCUCUCUCCUCUCUGUUACAGCUCUGGAGUCUGGUCUCGAAGCGAAAAUCACGGCCAAGUCGUUUGUCUAUUCGCCGUUUGUGGAUUGGUUCUUGCUCCUGCCCACGUUUCUGACUGAUAGAGAUCCCGUGCUGUAUAUUGGCAAUGAGAUUCUAGAUGAUUACAGCAUGUAUGCGCAGAGCGAAGAGAAGAAGGAGAGGCUCAGCGAGUGCAAUGAAGUGGGCAAGAAAUGGUUGGUGGAGAGGCAGGUAGUCAAGUUGUGUGAGUUUGAGAAGCAUGGAAAUGCGUUGAAUGGGAUGGUUGUUUAUUCGAGAGAUAGUGGGGAUCACGAGAAGGAUGAUCCAGUUCAAGACAAGGAGGAGAAAGCUCAGCAUGGUGAGGAAGAGAAGUAAAAGUAGAGGAGCAACUGAGGUGAAAUUGAUAGAUGAUCUGGGUGGUGAAAAGGCCAAGACAUAAUAACUAUGCUCCCAACCC